AUGAGGUCCACCCGAGUCAUAGAACUGCCAGAAGACUUCUGGAUCCCAAUCCCGCUGGAGACCAACAACAUCACAUCCCUUAGCCCUUUCUCAGUUCCUCAGGACCACUUGGGAGAUUCGGCCACGUUCUACACCAUGGCGGGAUUCACACUCUUUCUCUUUGUGAUCGGCACUGCCAUUAACACCCUCACCAUUGCGUGCACCGUGCGAUACAAGAAACUCCGCUCCCAUCUCAACUACAUCCUGGUGAACUUGGCCGUGGCCAACCUUCUGGUCUCUGUCAUCGGCUCUUUCACCGCCUGCUGCUCCUUCACAUUCAGAUAUUUCGUCUUUGGACCACUAGCAUGCAAGAUUGAAGGUUUCAUUGCAACACUAGGGGGUAUGGUAAGCCUGUGGUCUCUGGCUGUGAUAGCUUUUGAACGAUGGCUGGUCAUCUGCAAACCUCUCGGCAACGUGGCUUUCAAGCCUGAACAUGCCACAGGUUGUUGUGUAUUAACCUGGAUUUUUGCACUGAUUGCAUCAGUUCCACCUUUGCUUGGAUGGAGCAGGUACAUUCCAGAAGGCCUGCAGUGCUCUUGUGGUCCAGACUGGUACACGACCAACAACAAAUACAACAACGAGUCCUACGUCAUGUUCCUUUUCUGCUUCUGCUUCGCUGUUCCUUUAACCACCAUCAUUUUUUGCUAUUCUCAGCUACUCGUAACUCUUAAAAUGGCAGCAAGAGCCCAGGCUGAGUCUGCCUCCACCCAGAAGGCUGAAAAGGAGGUGACCAGGAUGGUGGUCGUCAUGGUACUGGGUUUCUUGGUGUGUUGGAUGCCGUAUGCCUCCUUCGCUCUUUGGGUUGUCAACAACCGUGGGCAGAUUUUUGACCUGAGACUGGCAACCAUACCGUCCUGCCUAUCGAAGGCCUCCACCGUCUACAAUCCUAUCAUCUACGUACUCUUCAAUAAGCAGUUUCGAACAUGCAUGGUAUCCUUGGUGGGGAUGGGGGAUGGAGAGGAGGAAGUCUCUACAACACAAUCAGUGACCGAAGUCUCCAAAGUUGGCCCAGCUUAGUCCGACAGUAAUCCUCAGUUAAUUGUAAAUAGUAAAAGUC